AUGACUGGCUCCGCUGACGGCACCUCCGUCCCGACGGAGACGUCGCCGCUGCUACCCAACUCCGACUCGGGGGUGGUCAAUGACAACGGCACCCUCGAGAACGGCCCGGCCAACGGCGUCCCGGCCGUGGCCCAAGAUGCCAACGAUAACCGGGACGGUAAUCCCGAGAUGGCCAAGAAGAUGCACAUCCUCCUUCCGGCCGUCGGUAUUGGCAUCUACCUCUGUGCCGUCGAUCAGCUGCUCACCGUCGCAACCUACGCCAAGAUCGGCAGCGAGCUGCACGCCCUGAAGAACACGAGCUGGCUCGCGACAGCCUACUACAUCACCCUGACCAGCUUCCAACCCCUCUACGGCAAGCUCAGCGACAUCUUCGGCCGCAAGGAGUGCCUCCUCUUCGCCUACGUCAUCUUCGGCCUCGGCUCUCUUGGCUGCGGCCUCGCCCAGUCCUUUGCCCAGCUCUGCGUCGCCCGCGCCGUCGCCGGCAUCGGCGGCGGCGGCAUGAACAGCGUCGUCGCCAUCCUCCUCAGCGACAUCGUGCCCCUCCGCGACCGCGGCGUCUGGCAGGGCUACCUCAACAUCAUCUUCGCCGCCGGCACCUCCACCGGCGCGCCCCUCGGCGGCCUGCUCGCCGACACGGUCGGCUGGCGCUGGUCCUUCGCCGGCCAGGUCCCGCUGUGCGCCCUCGCCUUCCUCGCCGUCUACUUCGUGCUCGACCUCCCGCCGGCCGACCACGCCCACUGGCGCGACAAGGUCCGCCGCAUCGACUUCCUCGGCGCCGCGACCCUCGUCGCCGCCGUCGUCGCCCUGCUCGUCGGCCUCGACUCGGGCUCCAACAACGGGUGGUCGAGCCGGGCCACCGUCGCGGGGCUGGCCUCGGCCCCGGUCCUCUUCGCCGUCUUCGUCCUGGUCGAGAUGCGCGUCGCCUCGCACCCGUUCGCGCCGGGCCACAUCAUCUUCGACCGGUCGCUGUUCGCGUGCUACCUGGCCAACUUCUUCGGCAUCGCCGGCCACAUCGCCUCCAUCUUCUUCCUCCCGGCUUCUUUCCAGGCCCCAGUACAACAAUAUGAAACCUUACAAACAAUCCCACGAGAAGUACGCCGGCUAGCGCUCACGGUGCUGGCGUACGGGCUGAUGGUGCUCGCCGUCGCGCCGACGGUGGCGGCCCUCGGCGCGAGCUCCUCGGCCGGCGUCGUCGGCAGCAUGGCGCUGCUCGCGCUCGGCGGCGGCGCGGGCAUCACGACGACGCUGGUGGCGCUGCUUUCCAACGCGGCGGUGCAGGACACGGCCGUCGUCGUGGCGUGCUCGUACCUGUUCCGGUCGCUGGGGUCGAGCAUCGGCAUCAGCGUGUGCUCGGCCGUGCUGCAGCAGGUGCUGCGGACCCAGCUCGCGUCGCGGCUGAGCGACGGAGACGAGGCCCGCCGCGUCGAGGAGAGGGUGCGCGAGAGCCUCGACUACAUCCGCGAGCUGCCGCCGGCCGUCGCCGCCGAGGUGAGGGCGAGCUACCAGGUCGCCACGCUGGGCGCCAUGGUCCCCGUGGCGCUGCUGCUGGUGCUCGCUUUCGUGUCGACCUUUUUCAUUCGGGAGAAGGCCUUGGGCAAGUAG